UUAAAAUUGUAUGGAGAGACUGCGGCGCGAAAUUUGACCUCGGGCUAAGAUGAAUGAUUAUAUCGAAGAGAAACAGUUUGUGGUAGAAGGUACAAGCUGUACCUUGUUUGAUGAUCGGGAAAAAGCUCUUGAAGUUGAUGGGGAAAAACUACUCAUACCAUGGUGUGGUGACAAAUCAAUUUUGAUCGAUAGGUCAGGCUCUGUUAUUCAUAACAUUAUCCGUAUAAUUUGCAAAUAAUUAUGUAGUUGUGCAUCCUGAAUUAUUUUUCAGGUGAUGAGGUAACGUUUUACUUUUUUAGAUUGAGGUGUUUCAUGUCAGAUUCUUUUACGUCGACCUAAAUAUUCUACAGAUCAAUCGAUAGUAGGCGAGCAUGACCUCAACAAGUUGCUCAUAUUUGAUGAGAUAUACCAAGGCAAUUGCCUAGCUAAAUUCUGGAAGCUGAUUGUGUUGUGGGAUAGGGUUUGUCCAGGGUAUAUGUGAGAUGUUAUUGUAUAGAACUUGUAACACCCGCAUGAGGUGGCUUCGGUAGGAUUACAAAAUACUAGACAGUCGAAGUCUUAGAAAUGAGUGAUAAGCACACGGUUUAUAACCCAUUCUUACUUUUUUUAAAGGUUUGAGUUAAAUGUACAUAUAUUUGCAGAAAUAACUAUCAAGCCAUUUCAGUCUUCAGUAAUAAGGGCAGUAGGUUGAUGAACCUGUGUUAAUCCUGACAGUUUGCAUUCCAUUGAAGGUCUGGUUUCUCUUUGAAAAUGUUCGCCGAUGAAGCUAAUACCACUUGUUCGCGUAAGGUGUUCCAGUCAUUGAACACCCGAUGAGGAAAACGGAACUCCGCUUCAAGUUUAUUAGAUAGCAGUUUGUGAACCUUCUUGCCAUGAAUUCGGAGAUUAUUACCGCUGGAAAGAGCAAAACGAUGAGACAAUAACUCCCAUGUCGUAAUUAAAGAUGCGAAGUGCGAAUAUAAAGUCACCUCGCGUCCUACGAUACGACAAGGGGAAAAGGUUUAGGCAUUUCAAGCACUCAUCGUAAGGGAGUUUAGAAAAACCCUUCACUGAUUUUGUUCCCACACGCUGAACACGCCCAAGUGAGUUAGUAUCCUUAAUCAGACAUGGUCCAGCUGCUUGUAUACAGUUCUCUAUGGGCUUUACUUAUGUACUUGAGAUGUGGUCAGCUAUUGUGUAAACUAUGCAAGAUUACUAAAAAAAUAACAUAAAUCUUCCUCACACUUUAGCUGCUGUAACUCUCGUUCUUGCUAACAGUUUGUGCUCGUCUGAGUAGUCCUAAAACGUGUUUUUGUAUUUCGUAACACCCAAACCACGCCCGACUUCGCUUACAAAAAGACUGGAUGACGACAUCUAAGAUGAGACGGUAAUCUUGGAAACAUUGUUUUUCACCCUACAUUUUCUGUCCAAUAUCAUGAUGCUCUCUACCAAGAAGAAUUCACUAAACAGAAGCAUGGCUUUAAUUUAUAAGUAAAUGUCGCUAAAAGCGAAGAACUCUAUCACAGUCGGGGUUUAUUGUGGAUUUUUGAUUGGGAAGCAGCAUACGUGUUCGGCCCAAUCUUAGCCCGUUUGAAAUCCUUGGUCAACUUGCACCCCCAGUUGUACAGGUGAGAUAUCCAUCUCCCAAUCAAGAGAAAAGUAUAAUUCUCAGUAUUUCAUUGUUUUAGUUUAUGGUUGUGAAGCUUGGCCUCGAAAAGUAGAGGGUAAUCGUAGGUUACUGGUAUUUGGUCAUAGGUGUCUUCAAAGUAUCGCCCACGUAUUGUAGAACGACGAAGUGAACAAUACUAAGGUUAGGGAUAGAUUAGUAGACAAAUUCAGUGAGUCGUUUGACGAAGGUAAGUCUUCAUCAACUAGGACACCCAUUGCGUACAUUCACUCACAUCCUACUCCAAGGUGGAGCGCUGACUGGCGUAUAAGUAAGAUGGGAGAAAGCUAGUGGUGGUCGAACGAAGAUGUAUCAGUCCUUGGAAUUAUUGACUGUUGGGUUGAAUUAUUUCAUUAGAUUCAGAUUACCUGAUUGGAGUCCGCUCAAAGACCGUAAUCAGUGACAGGAGAUGUAAGGCUAUAAAAAGCAAAAUUUUCAACAGUAGUGCAGAUUGUCAAUGGUACUUUUGCUACUUCACUAGUUUUCACCGCUCUAGUAUUAUCUUGAUGUUUCAAACUACGCUUGGGCGUUUGUUCCAUGCUUCGCGUUGCUUAUGACUGACUGUGGUUAGAACUUUGUUGUUAGUCAAGCUAUUCGGGUGUCAGUUCACGCAUUAAUUAGUACAAUCAUGCUUACAUUCAGAACUCUCGUUUUUCAACCUUUACGGACAUAUUCUUGUGCAAACAGUCCACUUAUGUCGUUUUAUCAGUAUAGGGGCUGUGGAGAUUAUUAGAUUUUUGAUUGAGAUCAUGAACCGCUUAGUGUUUAACCACCACUGAAAACCUGAAAGCACUGGACGGCUGUUUCGUCCUAUUGCGGGACUCCUCAGCAGUGGGCAUCUACAAUCCCGCUAGCCCUGGGUUCGAAUCCUGCGAGCGGGAUUGUAGAUGGGCACUGCUGAAGAGUCCUACAAUAUGUCGUUUUAAAUGUAACGAUGCUCUUCAACCAUUUGUCAUUGGAUUUAUACUCUGUUCAUAUCAUUAUUCAUCUCAGUAAAAAUGUUAAACUUUAGUCUUAGUAUCAAAAUACUAAAUUUAGAUGGUAUUAUAGAUAUUUCAGUGUGUUGAUUAUCUGUUAUGUUAAAAACUGCUCUAUCCUUGUGAUAAUUUCAGUUUUGGCGUUACUUGGUCUUUGAUUUUAAGGGAGUUUGUCACGUAACAUAUGUAUAUAUAUCUUAAUGUAUACUAGGCUUUAGGGUAACUCAUGUUUUCACAAAUUCCACUAAUUGUCUUAUAUAGCUGUCUGAAAAUUCUUUAACCUCGUACUAAUUCACUAGUAGACAUGAUUAUAUCUCUGCAAAAAUCUUAGCAAAUAUAAAUAUAGCAAUUGAAAGUAAAACAUACAUAAUCUUCCAACAAAACAUUUAUGUACUGAAUUAUCGUUGAAAUUCAUAUCUUUUAAUACUCAAAUUUAGGACAGCCUCAAGGUGUCAGUGUUUUUAGCUAUAAACGGUCUUUCUAUAAAACCGUGUUUAGUGAAAUCUCGCUUUACAUUUUUAUUCUGACCCCUUAACCACCUACGUUAUAAUUCUACUCAAUUUUGGCUUAAACAUCUAAUUGAUGUCUCCUUUCAUAAUAACUGUCGCUCAAGCUUUAUUAUAUGAACCUGCCGUUAGUUGCUUAGUUUAACCGAAUGAUUAGUUUUCCAUAUUGUCUGCCAAGUCGAUCGCAAGUAUUAACUUGUAUCAGUUUGCUUACUUCACUUAUUCACCAGUAUUAAAGGUCCUCAAAUUGACUCUGAGGAUGUAUAUAUUAAAAUAUCUGGGGAGUGUCUUCCAGUCAUUGUUUAUGUGAGAUAUAGUGAAUGAUCGAGCAACUUCCGUGUUACUUUGGGUUAGCUUAUAUGGUUCUCAACUUCAUGCAACCGGUAUCCACGUGCCAUGUAUGUAUAGCGAUCUCAUUCAACAUGUUCUUUAGUUUCAAAUCAGCCUAAUGUUAAAUUUGUCUAUCGUUUUUAUCUAUCUCACUUGAUGGGAUGACAAACUUAUUAACAAUAUUAUCACUAAGUAGCCCAAAAUUUUCAUAAAGUUUUCAGUACUACAGUUAUCUAAUUCCUCAAAUUAUUACGUUUUAUCUCAAUUUUGUCAUCAACUGACUUUUAUUUCGCUACCUUCAGGUUCGAUGGACGUGGGUAUCUCACUGAUGUUUAUGAGGAAGAUCCUAGUUGCGAUUUAAGUCCUGACGAUCACUUGUCUGAAGAAGAGAUUGCAAUAGAAAAGAUGUGUGAUUUCGAACGUUAUUUGGAAAUGCAAGUGGACGUCCAUGAACUCGCAAUUCAAGAUGAAGAAGCUCGAAAACGUGAAGCUGAACGAUCUCGCAAUGACUAUGGAGCCGUUAGCUUCUCUUACGAUGAAAAUGCUUCCCAACCAAAUGGCGACGAAUCAUACGCUAACAAGGGAUCAAUUGAGCCUGGGAUUAAUGAACAGCACUAUGAAGAGCCAUAUAACUGUCCUCCUGAGCUACAACAACUCUUGUCGAAUUUCCAACUUCCGGAAUCCGAUAAACAAGCUCACAUUAUUGAAAAAACUGCUGUUUUCGUCUCUCGACAAGGAAGUCAAAUGGAAAUAGUUCUUAAAGCUAAACAAAAUAAAAAUCCACUGUUUGGCUUUUUGACUUAUGACCACCCACUUAAUCCCUUCUACAAGGAGAUUGUGAGGUUAAUUUCCCAAGGUCGGUACGUUCCGAAACCUCGUCAGACUACAGAUAAACCAACUGGGACACUCUUUACAAGUUCGGACGAGUCAAACAAGUCAAUUCAUGAAGAUGUUUACGAAUUGAAGCUACCAAAGGUGGACAUUUCAAAUACAUCAUAUGCUCCACUAAUAUCCAAGUUCAAGAAAAUUAAUGAAAUGGCUGCAGCUGUCGCGGCUGCAAAUCGUGUUACCCCUGUUUCUGAUAUCCAGUCUUCUACCGCUACUCCCGAGGCAUUGACAGAAACAGAACGUCCUCUUUAUGAUCCUAGUGAGGUUGACAAUAGCUCUUUGGACAGCCUAAAAGACAAUAAUAAACCUUUGGAUUCAGAAAAGACGAAGACUCCUUCACCACAAUCUGAAGUCCAAGCCGACGUUUCUGCUACUAAUGAAAGCCCUGCUGAUGUUCCAGUAGUUGGAAAAGACAAUGUGAUAUCAGAAUUAGUAGAUCCUUUGUCUCCAGAAGAGUAUGAACGUAUUUACCAAGAGUAUUAUAAACACUACUAUGCUCAUUAUUACACACAUUAUUCUAACCAGUGGGCUUUAUCUGAGCAUGUCAACGAUGAAAGUUUCAAUAUUGUACAAGAAGCAGCUAAGGCAGCCGCUAUAGCAGCUGCGGCUGCAGUCAAUGUUGUCCAACAAACACGUUUAAAAGCUAGUGCUCCCGUAAUGUUCGAACCUCCACUUAGUGAUGAACAGCGUGGUAUUAUAAAUAAAAUGGCAGAAUAUGUUGUUCGCAAUGGUUUAGAAUUUGAAGAAUUGGUCGUUCGACAAAAAAGCAAAGAUCCACGAUUUGGAUUUCUGAAAUCAGACCAUCCUUUACAUUCAUAUUACAUGGCUAAAAGAAAAGAACUAGACCCUGAUGAUAGCUUGACUAAAGCUGCAGACUCUAAUUUUAUUAGUAUACCUCCUUCAAAAUCAUUCAAAGUAAGCUCGUCAAAAAAAUUGGAUUCAAAUGAAAAGCCUGAAACAAUGUUUGAAGAUAGUAAAACGAAAAAUGGUUCUCUUAAAAAUCCUCAGUCUCUUGAUUCUCAUAAAGACAAAAAAGAUGAUUUUGAAGCUUAUAAUUCAGAACGUCAAACGGGCAUCAGUUUCCGAUUAGCCCGCCCGAUUCCAUCAAAGUCUCAGUCCACUCAAAAUACAGAAACGUCGGCGGGAGAAAUUAUGGACAUAAUUGAAGCUGCUGCACUAGAGUACUCAGAAUCUGUUUCCAAAAGUUCAAGACGAACUAACGAACAACUUAAUAGGUUAUUGAGUCAUUCGAAAAGUGACAGUCAGUCAAAAUCACGGAAGAGAAAAACUCGAUCUCCAAAAAUGUGUGUUAUACCUGGUAUUCCCAGUCCUAGUUCAUCGUCUUCCUCGGAAUCGUAUCCACCUCAAGUUGAAAGUCCAUACUCUUACACAAAUCGUUCUAGUGGAGCUUCAAAUUCGAAUUCUGUUUGUACAUCACCCUCCAUAUCCGUUGAGCGAAAUGAGAGAAAUAAACCAAUGCAUAACAUUCAGUCUCCUGUUCAGUCUGUCUGUAACAUCACUUCACCGUAUGAUAAUAAUUUGUGUUCUCCUGUGGAGUUGAUAUCUAAUUCAAGUUCACAUUUAACCUCCAACUGGCCUUCAUGCGCUCUUGAAGAUUUAUUAGAUAUACAUGAACCUACAAGUCUUUUAGACUUCUCUGCCGAUGGUUAUCAAGUUACGGUCCCUACAGCUAAAGAAGAGCGUCUGCGUGAGGAAAGGCGUAAAAAAGCUGCCCAAUUGGUUACCCAGUUGAAGUUAACUAAUUCUAUCACAAAAGGAAGUGUAAAUGUAAGUACAACUAUCUCCAAAUCUUCGACAGUUAAUACCACAUCAACGACGGCUAAUCGGUAUCGUUCGUCACCUCCACCAGCUCCUGAUUCAGUCCCUGCAGCCGUCGCUCAUGCUGUAGUUGCUAACAUGAAACGUCGUCGAGAAGCUUUGGAAAUCGAGAACAAAGCUCGUAGAAGGCGCCAUCGUUCACCACCAGCUGCUUAUGCAUUUGCGCGUAAUCGAAUCUCUGACAGAUCUCCACGGAGGUCACCAACUCCUAGGUGUGAUUCUUAUGAUCGUGAGGACCCAAGAGAUCGGGACGAUCAUCAUUCAAAGUCCAAGAAAAAACAUAAAAAAUCUCAUUAUUAAUCACAUCGUAAAGACAUUAUUGUAAACAAGUGUACAUAUUUAUAUUAUAUUGUGAUCUUGUAUUAUUAAGCAGAAAUGUGAUUUAUUCGAACAAGGUUUUAAUUCUUGUUCUUUUCCACAGUUUUGAGCAGUUGAAAAGUCCUGUAUCAGCCACAAGAGAUUUUCGAAACUAUAAUUGUAAUGUAAUUUAUAUCUAAAUGUCUGAUUUGUAUGAUAUGUGUAACCUUGAUAAAAUUUGAUACUGAACGACUUGGAUUUGUAAUAAUUACCAGUUUAUAUUCACAUUUCAUAUAUUCUAGCACGCGAAUACCAACCUUUAUCCACUGACAAGUUGCUUUUAUUGCUGAAAAUUUCUUUAAUUGUUUAGCUACCGAGCAUGUAAAUAAGAUUUGAAUUUUUAGACCACC